AUGCAAGCGGUUAUGACAGGAUCAUUUAUAUUAAGCCUAGAAAGUAUCGAUUAUAUACUAAACAAUACAAAUGAUAUUAACAAAUUUGUCCGAAGUAUUAGUGAAGAUGCUAUAAAUGUAAUAGAAAUUAUACUCGAUGAUAUAAAGUGUGAAAUGGAAAUAACAUUGUCGAAAUUAUUCGAUAAAGUGAAAUAUCUUUCACGGCAGUUGCCAAGUAAUGCAUUUAAUCAUUACAAGGAAAGUGACGGAUAUAUAAAUAUGCAAUCGGCAAUCAAUAAUUUGGAGAAUGUAAGCUGGGCAUCAAAUAAAACUCCUGUAUCGUUGGAAAUAAUCAUAUGUGAUAUCCGCAUUUUACCAAAACCUUUGCAAAUAAAAAUGGAGAAUUUAACUUUGAUGAUCAAUGAUAUUAUCAGUUAUAUUAAUCAAAUAAAUGAGCAAAAUAUAUUGGAAGAAAGUGAUGCAUUGAUUACUGAUACUGAAAAACGGACGAUGAAAAUGUUUGGAAUAAUUCACAAUGGAGCUGUUGAUGUUAUUAAUGAUAAGUCUUUAAAAAUCUUCAAUUGCGGCCGUUAUUUCGGUCUAUUUGCUCUUGCAGGAGCAUUCUUCACUGGAUGGAUCGUAAUGCUUAUCGCUAGUUUAAGUUUUGUUGUUGGAUAUAGCGUAGAAACAUUUUGUAAUCCACUAUUUCACGAUCCUGAAAUGCGCUUCUUCAAAGCGUUACCAUCAUUUUACAUGCAAAAUCCUAUCGACAACAAAAUUUUCACAACAAAUAUUGGUAAUAUUAUAAUGCGAUGCAAGAAUAAUGAAACAAUUCUGUCAGUGUUAGAAGUUGAAAGAUUAAUUAAUACUGAUGCAAUUAUGAAGAAAAUGGAUGUUGAAGAAAAACGAGAUGAAAUGAUUGAUGUAAUCAAAAAUAUUAAUUUCAAGCAACAUUUCCCAGAACAAUUCUUCAAUCAACUUAUAGAAGAUUCUGAACAGUUAAAGAAGAUGAAUAUUGAAUUACAUAAUUUUGCCAUUUCGGGUGAUAUUAUAGAAUUGAAUGAAUCAUUUCGUGUUAAUUUUAAUUAUAUGAAGAAUAAUGUAUCAAAAUUGAUCGAAGUUAUAGAGUUAGUGCAAUUUUAA